AUGCUCUCCUACUUCGGCUGGGGCUCAAGCUCCAAAUCAGAUUCUGACGCGCCAACCCAAGCACAAAAAACACCGGAGCUCGAUCAAAAUGCCUCGGCGCCGCCCUCAUCCCCACAAACCCCCGCCCAACCACCACAAAUAGCCCAACAAUCCGCAAGUCCAGAUCGGACCAACCUCAAACUCUUUGCCGGCGGCAUGGCCUUCUUCGCCCUCUCCGUAUACAUCACACGCCGCGCCAAUAUAAGGAAACGCCUCGCCUGCAUCCCACCCUACUAUUCCAGCUCGAUAUACUUCCAGCCCAAUGUCAACGGGGCCAUGGAGGCGUUCGAGGCGCUGAACCUGGCUACAAUCAACGUGAUCUCGUUCAGUAUGAUGGCCACGGGAGGUAUUAUGUGUGCAUUAAAUGUCAAUGGACUCGAGGAUAUGCGGAGGCUCAUGCGUGGUUCUUUGGAAGGGGUUGCGGCUGGCAAGUCUGAUGAGCAACUCGAGAAAGACGUUGCCGAGUGGGUUUCCAGCGUGCUUGGUGAUCGGUUUGACAAGCAACUGGAGAAGGAGAAGGCCAAGAAACGUGUGGCUGGUCAAAGCGAGGAGACUGAUUGA